UGAGGGAGAGAGAGAAGGGAAAGGAAGGGAAAAACUUUUCCGGCAGCCCGGGAGGAGCAGGCAGGGCCGGAGCAGAGCGCGGCGGAGCCCCCGCACCCUCCGCCCGCCCCAUGGCUUUAUAAAGGGCUGCUCCCCGGGGGGGGCUGCCGGGGGGGCUGAGCGCCUGCUCUGCGCUUCUAGACACAGCUUGGAUUGGUUUUUUAAAUUUUUUAAAUUUUUUUUUUCAUCCCCCCCCACCACCACCACCGCCUCCUGAAGCCGCGCCGAGCUGGUGCCCCGUUUUUUUGGGGGGAGCAUGGAUACGCACACGCGGUGGAAAAGGCGCAGUUGGAUACGGAGCUGCUCGGUGCCCGCUGAGCUGCUGCUGCUGCUGCUGUUGGGUGCCCUGUCCCUCGGCCGGGCAGCUGAACCUGCAGACCUCUUGAAGGUGUUAGAUUUUCAUAAUUUACCUGAUGGUAUCACAAAAACCACGGGGUUUUGCACAAGCAGAAGAUUCAAAGAAGCAGAUGUUGCUUACAGAGUAACAAAAGAUGCUCAGCUCAGUGCCCCAACAAAGCAGCUGUAUCCUGCUUCCCCCUUCCCAGAGGACUUCUCCAUUCUAACCACUGUAAAAGCGAAGAAAGGAGGUCAGUCCUUCUUGAUCUCAAUUUACAAUGAGCAAGGGAUCCAGCAAAUUGGUGUGGAGUUGGGUAGAUCUCCUGUAUUCCUGUAUGAAGACCAUACAGGAAAGCCAGGCCCAGAAGACUAUCCUCUCUUUAGAGGCAUUAACCUAGCAGAUGGCAAGUGGCACCGAGUGGCUCUGAGUGUGCAGAAGAAAAACGUCACCUUGGUUCUGGACUGUAAAAAGAAAAUCACCAAGUUCCUGGACCGCAGCGAGCAUCCCAUCAUCGACGUCAACGGCAUCAUCGUGUUCGGCACCAGGAUAUUGGAUGAGGAGGUCUUUGAGGGUGACAUCCAGCAGCUCCUGAUCGUGGCGGACCCGCGGGCAGCCCUGGAGUACUGUGAGCACUACAGCCCCGACUGUGACACCGCCAUCCCCGACUCCCCCCAGUCCCAGGACCCCAACCAGGAUGAAUACUACACGGACGGGGAGGGAGAAGGUGACACUUACUACUACGAGUACCCCUACUACGAGGACGUGGAUGAAGCUGUCAAACCAGAAGCCCCCACCACCAAACCCAGCCCUCCUGAGGUGGCUGCUGGAGAGAAACCCGAAACCAAGGAGGAUUAUCCAGCUCCCACAGCACCCCCUGAGAGAGGGAACCCCGGGAAGCAGCCCAAGGAGGACGGAGCAGUGGAAGAUCCCCUGGUUGAUGAGUACAACUACGAGACCAUCAACGAGGAGUAUUUUACCCCCAUGCCCUAUGAAGAUAUCAACUACAACGAGGAAAUCGAUCCCCAGGGUGGCCUCACUGAAAAUGCAGUGGAAGCUGAACUCCCCACGAGCACUGUCGUCACCUACAAUGAGACUGAUGCUGCUCAAGGAGGGGAUGACCUGGAUAAAGAUUUCACUGAGGAAACCAUAAAGGAAUAUGAUGGGAAUUAUUAUGACAAUUAUUACGACCGGACGGCCUCUCCCGACAUCGGCCCCGGCAUGCCAGCCAACCAGGACACCAUCUACGAAGGGAUCGGUGGCCCCCGGGGUGAGAAGGGGCAGAAGGGGGAACCUGCCAUCAUUGAGCCGGGAAUGCUGGUGGAAGGCCCCCCUGGUCCCGAAGGCCCAGCAGGCCUUCCAGGACCUCCAGGACCAACUGGACCCGUGGGGUUGAUGGGAGACCCAGGGGAGAGGGGCCCGCCUGGACGCCCAGGUCUCCCAGGAGCAGAUGGAUUGCCAGGACCACCAGGGACAAUGCUUAUGCUGCCUUUCCGCUUCAGCGGCGGAGGCGACGCGGGCUCCAAAGGACCCAUGGUGUCAGCCCAGGAGGCACAAGCCCAGGCCAUCCUGCAGCAGGCCAGGCUGGCACUGAGGGGACCAGCAGGACCCAUGGGCCUGACGGGGCGGCCGGGCCCGAUGGGACCCCCGGGCAGUGGAGGACUGAAGGGAGAAGCUGGAGAAAUGGGACCUCAGGGUCCACGAGGCAUCCAAGGCCCUCCCGGUCCUGCAGGGAAGCCAGGCCGCAGGGGACGAGCUGGCAGUGACGGUGCCCGGGGCAUGCCAGGCCAGACAGGACCAAAGGGUGACCGAGGCUUUGAUGGCUUGGCUGGUUUGCCUGGUGAGAAGGGAAACAGAGGUGAGCCAGGCCCCCACGGCCCCCCAGGGGCUCCUGGAGAGGAUGGGGAGAGGGGAGAUGAUGGAGAAGUUGGACCCAGAGGUCUCCCUGGAGAACCUGGACCCCGAGGACUGCUGGGCCCCAAGGGACCCCCAGGCCCCCCGGGGCCACCGGGUGUGGCUGGCAUGGAUGGACCAACAGGUCCCAAAGGGAAUGUGGGCCCUCAGGGCGAGCCAGGGCCCCCAGGACAGCAGGGGAACCCAGGGGCUCAGGGUCUUCCAGGUCCACAAGGCGCCAUCGGUCCCCCAGGAGAGAAAGGCCCGCUGGGCAAACCUGGUCUCCCUGGCAUGCCUGGUGCUGAUGGGCCCCCGGGUCACCCUGGCAAGGAAGGUCCUCCUGGAGAGAAGGGGAGUCAGGGUCCCCCAGGUCCUCAGGGCCCCAUUGGAUAUCCAGGACCACGAGGAGUCAAGGGAGCAGAUGGAGUUCGUGGCUUGAAAGGCACCAAGGGGGAAAAGGGUGAAGAUGGUUUCCCUGGCUUCAAAGGUGACAUGGGCAUCAAAGGAGACCGGGGGGAAAUCGGCCCCCCUGGCCCCCGGGGUGAGGAUGGGCCUGAAGGCCCCAAAGGUCGCUCUGGCCCCAAUGGAGAUCCAGGUCCUCUUGGCCCUGCUGGAGAGAAGGGAAAACUCGGCGUGCCAGGACUGCCAGGGUACCCGGGCAGGCAGGGCCCCAAGGGCUCCAUCGGCUUCCCAGGAUUCCCAGGAGCCAACGGAGAGAAGGGCACACGGGGCACUCCUGGCAAACCAGGUCCAAGGGGGCAGCGUGGUCCCACGGGUCCACGUGGGGAAAGAGGCCCCAGGGGAAGCACUGGAAAGCCUGGCCCAAAGGGCAACUCUGGUGGUGAUGGCCCCCCUGGUCCUCCUGGAGAAAGGGGACCACCAGGGCCUCAAGGACCAACUGGAUUUCCUGGACCAAAAGGCCCCCCUGGUCCCCCUGGGAAGGAUGGAUUGCCUGGGCACCCUGGACAGAGAGGAGAAACUGGUUUCCAAGGCAAGACUGGCCCUCCAGGCCCCCCUGGUGUCGUAGGGCCCCAGGGUCCAACUGGUGAGACUGGACCCAUGGGUGAGCGAGGCCAUCCAGGCCCCCCAGGUCCCCCAGGUGAACAAGGCCUUCCUGGCCUCACUGGAAAAGAAGGCACCAAGGGGGAUCCUGGUCCUGCUGGCCUCCCAGGGAAGGAUGGUCCCCCUGGAUUGAGAGGGUUCCCUGGAGAGCGAGGCCUCCCCGGCCCCAUUGGUUCUCCAGGGCUGAAAGGCAACGAAGGUCCCCCAGGCCCUCCAGGCCCAGCCGGCUCCCCUGGGGAGCGUGGCCCUGCAGGAUCAGCUGGCCCUAUAGGAUUGCCAGGGAGACCUGGCCCCCAGGGACCUCCAGGACCUGCAGGUGAAAAGGGAGCUCCAGGGGAGAAGGGUCCCCAAGGACCGGCUGGCCGGGAUGGCAUCCAGGGCCCCGUGGGGCUGCCGGGCCCCGCAGGUCCUGUUGGACCUCCUGGAGAGGAUGGAGACAAGGGUGAGAUCGGGGAGCCUGGGCAGAAGGGCAGCAAAGGUGACAAGGGGGAGCAGGGUCCCCCAGGCCCCACCGGUCCCCAGGGCCCAAUUGGUCAGCCUGGCCCAGCUGGAGCUGAUGGAGAGCCCGGGCCCCGAGGACAGCAAGGCCUCUUUGGUCAGAAAGGUGACGAAGGACCCCGAGGUUUCCCUGGCCCCCCUGGCCCUGUGGGCUUGCAGGGCCUGCCAGGACCACCUGGGGAAAAGGGAGAAACGGGUGACGUUGGGCAGAUGGGCCCACCAGGCCCACCAGGACCCAGAGGUCCAUCUGGGCCACCAGGAGCAGACGGUCCACAGGGUCCUCCUGGAGGAAUAGGAAACCCUGGUGCAGUAGGAGAGAAGGGUGAACCUGGGGAAUCUGGAGAGCCUGGUCUCCCUGGAGAGGUUGGCCUGCCGGGCCCUAAAGGUGAAAGAGGUGAAAAGGGAGAAGCAGGUCCCUCUGGUGCUGCUGGUCCACCUGGCCCCAAAGGCCCACCAGGUGAUGAUGGCCCCAAAGGCAGCCCUGGUCCAGUUGGUUUCCCUGGUGACCCUGGUCCUCCUGGAGAGCCUGGCCCAGCUGGUCAAGAUGGUCCUCCUGGUGACAAAGGUGAUGAUGGUGAACCUGGACAAACUGGUUCCCCUGGGCCCACAGGAGAGCCAGGCCCCUCUGGACCCCCUGGAAAACGGGGGCCUCCUGGUCCAGCUGGUCCUGAAGGAAGGCAAGGAGAGAAAGGAGCCAAGGGGGAAGCUGGCUUGGAAGGACCUCCUGGGAAGACUGGACCCAUUGGUCCCCAAGGUGCUCCAGGGAAGCCUGGCCCCGAUGGCCUUCGUGGGAUUCCUGGCCCAGUUGGUGAACAAGGUCUCCCAGGAUCCCCUGGCCCAGAUGGUCCUCCAGGCCCAAUGGGCCCUCCGGGUUUGCCUGGUCUGAAAGGAGACUCUGGUCCUAAAGGGGAGAAGGGUCACCCAGGUUUAAUUGGUCUAAUUGGACCACCAGGAGAGCAGGGAGAAAAGGGUGACAGAGGCCUCCCAGGGCCCCAGGGCUCAGCAGGACCCAAAGGAGAGCAGGGUAUCACAGGUCCCUCUGGACCCAUUGGACCUCCAGGGCCCCCAGGAUUACCGGGUCCACCUGGUCCCAAAGGUGCUAAAGGCUCAUCAGGUCCCACAGGUCCAAAGGGUGAAUCAGGUCUUCCUGGGCCCCCAGGACCUCCUGGUCCCCCUGGAGAAGUCAUCCAGCCCCUGCCCAUCCAGGCUGCCAAGAGGACCAGGAGGAACAUUGAUGCCAGCCAGCUGCUGGACGAUGGCAAUGCUGACAACUACAUGGACUAUGCUGAUGGCAUGGAGGAGAUUUUCGGCUCCCUGAACUCCUUGAAACUGGAAAUCGAGCAGAUGAAGCAUCCCUUGGGCACUCAGCACAACCCAGCACGCACCUGCAAGGACCUGCAGCUCUGCCACCCUGAUUUCCCAGAUGGUGAAUACUGGGUUGAUCCCAACCAGGGCUGUUCCAGGGACUCUUUCAAAGUUUACUGUAAUUUCACGGCUGGAGGAGAGACCUGCAUCUUCCCUGAUAAGAAAUCUGAAGGAGCUAGAAUUACUUCCUGGCCCAAGGAAAACCCAGGCUCGUGGUUCAGUGAAUUCAAGCGCGGUAAACUGCUCUCCUACGUGGACUCGGACGGGAACCCCAUCGGGGUGGUGCAGAUGACCUUCCUGCGUCUGCUGAGCGCCUCGGCCCACCAGAACAUCACCUACAACUGCUACCAGUCGGUGGCCUGGCACGAUGCCACCACCAACAGCUACGACAAGGCCAUCCGCUUCCUGGGCUCCAACGACGAGGAGAUGUCCUACGACAACAGCCCCUACAUCCGGGCUGCCCUCGACGGCUGCGCGGCAAGGAAGGGCUACCAGAAAACCAUCCUGGAAAUCAACACGCCCAAAGUGGAGCAGGUCCCCAUAGUCGACAUCAUGUUCAAUGACUUCGGAGAAGCGGCACAGAAAUUUGGAUUCGAGGUGGGACCAGCUUGCUUCCUGGGCUAAAAGAGCCACCUGAACCUAGUCUCCAAAUGAGCAACCUCGUAACCUCAUUGCGCCAUUUAAUUAAAAACAAAAAAAGAGAAAAAAGAGAAAAAAAAGGAGAAAAAAAAGAAUUCCUCGUCACGUGCACGGUCUGAAACUGGACAGCGAUGGGUUAUUAUUUUUUUUUCCUCCCCCCCACCUAUUUUGUUGUGUCCCUGGUUUUGCCCCGGCCCCUCUGUGCCCCCCAGCCAUUCCCAGGAUGGAUAUGGAAUCUCAUGACCAACAGCCACACACGGAGACCUGGCCCUGUCCCUGCUGCCACCGCUGCUGCCCCGCGGCCACCGAGCUGAGCCCACCUCCAGCAAACUCCUCCUGCCUCCUCCUCCUCUUCUUCUUCUCACCAGGAAGCAUUUGUUUGUUCCUAAGGAAAAAAAAAAAAUGGAAAAAACUUGAAGUUCCUCAUGUCCAGCUCGAUGUUGAAGUCCCGGCAGUCCUGGAUCUGAAGCUCCUCAGAGGGGUUUUGUUGCCUUCCACGAGGUUUGGAUCAGCUCCAGCAUGGCCAAUUCCAGAAUUUUCUGUGUUUGCCUCAUUCCACGUUUCCAAAGUGCUGACUCAAGGUCACACUGGGCAUCUCUUUGCCUUGUCUUAAAGGUGCUUCUAUUUUUGUAUGUUUGUGAGUAAAUAUUUGUGUCGUAUUUUAUUUGAAAUGUUGGAACGUUUCCGCCUUCGAACCACGCAAGUGACCUUGUCUGUAUUGAAGCCACCCCAUCCCAGCCAAGCUUCCAGCUGGGAAUGAAGACAGCAGCUCCUGUCCCCACUUCUGCCUCUUCCCAGCCCCAAAGUGGGAUCUGGAGCCUUGGAAUUUCCCCCAGGAUCAGGUGCAAACCAGCCCCCUGAGCCACAGGUGCCUUUUGGAACAAUUCCUUUCCAAAUGAGGAAAUUUAAGCCAUUUUUUAACAAAUUCCCUACAAAUCCCCCUGAUCUAAAAGCAGGAUCUGCAUUGAGUCUCUGCCUUUUCAUCCACUUGCUUAACACCCAUAUUUUGAAUUAAUUCUUUUUUUUUUUCCUUUCAGCAUUCCUUUAAAAUGAUAAGAAUUAAACCUGAAUCCAUUCCCAGUGGCAGAUCCCAGUGGCAGGGGAAAUCCAUUUGUCCUCUCUGAAUAUCAAGAAUAAAAAAAUAAAAAAAUUUAAAAAAAAAAA